AUGCCAACAAUGACAAACGAUAAAAUCUUCAACGAAUCAGAUGCCGGCUUCGAAGAGAACUGCUUCCCAGGUGGUUUUGAAGGACCAGAGAAGAAAUUGGAUAUUAGAUUCUGUCCGAUUUCAAAGACUGGAAAGAACCAACCAUCACGCCUUGGACUUCGUUCACUCAACAAAGAGAGAUGGCAAUCAGUAUUGGACUCUGCAAGAUGCACAAUCAUCAGUCAAACUAGUAAUCAAUUUAUGGACAGUUUCGUAUUGUCUGAAUCAUCGUUGUUUGUCUACCCACGUCGUGUGAUGAUCAAGACCUGUGGAACUACCACUCUCCUCCAUCUCAUCGGUAAGAUGAGCGAGGUGGCCAAGGAAUGUGGUCUCGAGAUUGAGAUGGUACUCUUCUCGCGUAAGAACCUCAACAAUCCACACAAGCAAAUCUUCCCACAUUGUUCGUUCAACGACGAAAUCGAUUAUUUGAACAAGACAUUCGAUGGACAGGCCUACGUUAUGGGUCCACUCACCAAGGAUCACUGGAACCUCUACAUCGCCGACAUGAGAAAGAACAACACCUUGCAACGCACCGAACAAACCUUUGAGGUGAUGAUGCACGAUCUCGACCCAGAGGUCAUGAAGCAAUUCUUUAAGCGUGAGGGUGUCACCGCCUGGGACACCACCGUCAGCAGCGGCAUCGCCAACUUGAUUCCGGGAUCGACCAUCGAUGACUUCCAGUUCGAACCAUGCGGUUACUCAAUGAACGGAUUGCUCAACAAGUGGUACUGGACCAUCCAUAUCACACCGGAGGAUCACUGUUCAUACGUCUCGUUCGACACCAACCUUGCCGUGCCCGACUUUAACAAUCUUCUCAGAAACGUCCUUAACGUAUUCAAGCCAGGUCGUUUCACCGCUGCUUUGUACUGUGAGGACGGUGCUCCAUGUGGUGAUCCAUAUUCAGCAUUCGAUCCAAACAUUCCAGAGUUUGCCAUCGCCAACAAGACUGUUCACGGAUUCGAUGGUGGUUACGACGUCGUCGUGUGCAACUACACCAAACAAACCGAAAAAGUACUGUCAGCUUCAUCCGAAGUCAUUGAAUCAAACGUUAGCUGCGAUUUAAUUGUCGCUUAA